GCCGAAGAUCCACAAUUUUUAAUUUCUGCCCGGAAAAAUAAAAGUUUUAAUUUACAAAAAGUCGGCAUAAAUUGAGGAAAAAUCACGAAAAAUGGCUCCUACAAUCAACAAUGGAGACCCAGCGAGCGAGAAAAAGGUGCAGAAACCCCAAGAUAAAAGAACUGAACUAAUUGUUCGUGCCAAAUAUUGCAACACUCUGCCCGAUAUUCCGUUCGAUUUGAAGUUCAUCACGUAUCCCUUCGACUCGCAUCGCUUCAUCCAGUACAAUCCGACGUCGCUCGAGCUCAAUUAUCGCUACGAAGUGCUCACGGAACACGACCUUGGCGUCACCAUCGACUUGAUUGAUCGCGACUUGUACACUCCCGUGCGUGACAAAUCCUCGAAAGAGGCACAACUCGAUCCGGCAGACGAAAAAUUGCUCGAAGAAGACUUGCACACGCCACAGGACUCGCAACGUUCGAAACAGCAUGCGAGAAAUGUCUCGUGGUUGCGAAAAUCCGAGUACAUUUCGACGGAACAAACGCGUUUCCAACCGCAGAGUUUGGAAACGAUCGAAGCGAAAGUCGGCUACAAUGUCAAGAAAAGUUUGCGCGAGGAGACUUUGUAUCUGGAUCGCGAUGCGCAAAUUGCUGCCAUUCAAAAGACCUUCGAGGACAAUACGGUGCCAAUUACGAAGCAUUACAGCAAGCCGGGAGUCACUCCUGUGGAAAUUUUCCCUGUUUUGCCAGAUUUCGACAAUUGGAAGUUCCCGUGUGCUCAGGUUAUUUUCGAUUUUGAUCCUGCGCCAGCGAAUAAGGGAGCUGCUGCGGCAAUUGAGGAGAUGUCACAAGCGAUGAUUCGUGGUGUCAUGGACGAAAGUGGCGAACAAUUCGUCGCUUACUUCUUGCCGAUGGAAGACACGAUGGAAAAACGUCGCAGAGAUUUCACAAACGAGGUUUUGUACGAAGACGACGAGGAAUACGAGUAUAAAAUGGCACGCGAGUACAAUUGGAACGUCAAAAGUAAAGCUUCCAAAGGGUACGAAGAGAAUUAUUUCUUCGUUGUACGAAACGAUGGCGUUUAUUACGAUGAACUCGAGACGAGAGUACGUUUAAGCAAGCGUCGUCAAAAGGCGGGACAACAACCGAGCAACACAAAAUUGGUUGUUAAACAUCGACCUCUCAACGCCUCCGAGCAUCGCAUGCAACGUUUCCGCGAACGCCAACUCGAAUGGAUCAACGAAGACGACGAAGAAGAAAUGGAAGAAUCUGAAGCGGAAGACGAGGAAAAAAUCACAAAAACGGGCCAUGACACAAAAACCGCCGAAGAAGAAGGCAGCGAUGCAAGCGAUCGCGAAGGCAGUCAACGUCGUUCUCGUUCCCGUUCACGUCGCGCCUCGAGUGCAGGCUCAAAAUCGUCUCGCAGUCGUUCUGGCAGCGGAUCCGGAAGUGCUCGCUCCAAAUCCGGAAGUCGCAGUGGCUCCGCAGCUUCGAGACGAUCAAAUUCCGGUUCGCGCAAAUCAAAAUCCGCGAGUCGCUCUCGAAGUCGUUCCGGAUCAGGAUCUCGUUCGGGCUCUGGUUCGAGGCAUUCGGGCAGCAGAUCACGCAGCGGAAGUGCCGCAUCGAAUCGUUCUCGAAGCGGAUCCCGAAAGUCGGGAAGUCGAAGCAGAAGUUCGUCAGCAGCGUCGUCACGAAGAAGCGGCUCGAAUAAAUCACGUUCGAGAUCGCGUUCGGGAAGCGGAAGCAGAGCAAGUCGUUCGAGGUCAAGAUCGAGAUCGAGAUCGGGAUCUGGCAGUCGAAGCGGAAGUGGAUCGCCUGUUUCGCGGAAAUCUGUGUCGGGCAGUGAACAUUCCGGAAGCGGAUCGGAUGACGAGUAGAUUAAUUAAUUUUGAUGUAAAUUUGGUUAAGAUACAAUUUUUUUGACGUAAUAAAUUUUUUUUUGAUUGAAUAUCAUUAA